CUCACGAUGAGUCGACACCGUUGCUUCAGAAGAAAAGGAGAACCUGGACGGAGGCGCACGAAACCUCUUCGAGGUAAAAAAUGUCGGAGUAAAUCGCUCCGCUUCAUCUCUUGAUCAUGGGACGUUAUUUUUGAAGAUAAGUAUAAUUGUCUAUCUUCCAGCACAGGAGGAGCUUGACCAUCAGAAAACUGCCAGUUGCUGAGUUGAGUUGGAAGUUAGUCCACCUCUCGCGGAGGAGGUACUACUUAGAACUACUGUCAAUAUCAACGUGGUAGCAUGCUAAUUAACCAAGUCCGAUUCCCCAGGUGUCGACGAAAUAUCCAUUUUAUUUCGUAGCUAGACAUCAUAAUCAUUCACGGGCUACGGGGGACGAGAACGACGGUCACUGAAUUCUAGAGAUUUGAUUCUGACACAUUCUUUCAGUAGUUGCUUGCUUAUUUCAAUUUUGUCGAAUACUCACAUGGGUAAAAGAGGAUAGGUUCUGUCGCUGGAGGGCGGGAAGGGGAGAGUAAUAGUUACAGAUGACGUUGAAGGCCCACCUGAACCAGAACCUAAAUAGUGGAUUCCAAAGUCUUACGAUUGUGGUGGCUCCCCGAUCGUACUAGUACUACGAGGAUCACUACUAGUAGUUGUGCAAGAACAGCAUAGUACAACAGUCAGUAUAUCAUGAUGUAUCUGAUUAGAGUGAGAACCAAAUGGUUACGAUGAUGAUUAUGUUACAGCGGGGACUACAACAGUGCCCUGGAUUUCGUACAGGAGUGAUGCGCCAGGAUGUGGGAACACUUCUAGUACUGAUAGAUAAUUCUUGUGGUGCUGGAGCACGAGCAGGAGCACCUACCUGUAAUUAGAAAUACUUAGAAAGAACGAAAACCUGAAAAAGGAAGCAGACGUCGAGAAAAUCUACUUAUAAUGUUUAGAUAUGAAGAGAACACCUAAGAAACGGUGGACCAUGAUGAAAUAUCAGAGAGGCUGUUGUUAU